UGUUUUCCUCCACACCGAACGCACCCUAUGUCUUGUUAGCCUUUAGAAUUAUGCUAAACAUAUCUAAUACUAUUUAAAUGCACUUAAAUUUGUAGUGUUAAUUGUUGUUUUACAAGGCUAGAGAUCUACAAUGAUCCAUCAAGAAUGUUUGGGGCAAGUGGGGUGAUAAACAAUCCUCAAAGUACAACUCCAAAUAUUCAUGGUAGUACUCUCCAAAUCAUGAAUGGUGGCCGCACCAUUUUUUUUAAUACUUUUGAUGAAAGCCUUAUUGGCCAAGAAAAUAAAGAUCAACAAUGAUCCAUCAAGAAUGUUUGCCACAAGUGGACUGACAGACAAUCGCCAAAGUACACCUCAAAAUAUUCAUGGUAGUACUCUCCAAAUCAUGAAUGGUGGCCGCUCCAUUUUUUCUCGUACUUAUAUGGACGAAAACCGUACUGUCCAAGAAAAUGAAUGGAUUCAACACUUUACGCAACCAUUGCUUGUUGCUCCUCCUCCGAUGUAUGCUCCCAUGAUGGUUGAUCAGAGGCAGGUCUUUGAAAUUUCCUCGAGUCCAAACGUUGGGUCAGGUCCCAUAAAUGGAGAAGCAUCCACUUCAUACGAGCAGGCUCCUUGUCAAUGUUAUUAUUGUCGUCUGUCGACAAGCAGGUCCCGUCAAUGAAAAUGUAUGUUUGAAUUAGCCAUCAAAUAAGACAUUCCUAAAUGGUUAUUCUGUUUGUGUUCUUAAUUAUUGGAUUAAUACUUUACUCUUUAGCCUUUGAAUAUCAAAUCCUUAAGUUACUGGUUCAAUCAUGCUCUUCUGUUCAAUCCCAUCCAGAA